AUGGAGGUACCAAAUUUUCAAGAAAUACAGUCACGUUUGGCUUAUGUGUGUUGUUCAAGACAACUUGAACAAGUAAAACAGAGUGAUUAUUGUACGUAUCUUAGACCACCUAUUGAUAAAUAUGCGACUUUACAAUUUAAAAGCUUUGAUGAAAUAAUGGAAGUUGGUUACAAUUACGGGAAAAAUUAUUUUAAUGAGAACAAAGCAAAGCAUCAUGGACCAUUAUGUAAUUACCAAUCUUCCAAUCAACACCAUCUAAAUUUUCAGUCAGGGAAAAAUUUGUGUGGUGCUUCGUUUAUUGAUCUAACAGAAAGGGUGUGCAAGAUUCAAUCUCCAAGGCCAUCACAACUUUCAGACUUCUCAGAAGAAGAAGAAUACGAAUAUGAAAGAGAAGCUACUUCGGAACCCGAACCAAAUCUAUUAUUAGACACUGAUAGGGAGGAUGAGCUUUCUCCCACAAACUCUCAACAAAUAGGCUCUCUAUCAGAUGUCGAAUAGAUCGUCUCGUAAUUAUUUAAAGUUAAUUUUAGUGCCAAUAAGUUAAGAUUAAAUCUUACAGAUUACUAAAAUAAUUUCAGUUGUUUUAGUUUUGAUUUCUCUGCAAAAUUAUAACUAAAAAGCCAAUUUUCAUAUUAUAAACAUAUUAUGAUGAAAAAUUAAGUAUUUUAUAAAUUAUGUUAGUCAAAUUUUGUUAUGAAAAUGAAUUUCAUUCUUUAAAAUCAUUUACUUGUAAAUUGUUGAAAAUGAAUAUUCUAUUUUUUAAUUAUGUUUAUUAAUUCAACAAAUGAAAGAAUGAAUAGUAUAACUGUAGAAUAACCCAAAGUUGUUUAUAGAUGUACAUAAUCUUUGUAAUAUUUUGUAAAGUUGUUAAAUAAUAAAUUCAAUUUUAAUAUUA